CGGCGGCUGCAGCAUGGAGGGCGAGACCACGUCGGCAGUGCUCUCGGGCUUUGUGCUCGGCGCGCUCGCCUUCCAGCACCUCAACACAGACUCCGACACGGAAGGUUUUCUUCUUGGGGAGGUGAAAGGUGAAGCCAAGAACAGCAUCACUGACUCCCAAAUGGAUGAUGUGGAAGUCGUCUAUACAAUUGACAUUCAGAAAUAUAUUCCAUGCUAUCAGCUUUUUAGCUUCUACAAUUCUUUAGGUGAAGUAAACAAGCAAGCCCUGAAGAAGAUGUUACCAAGUGGCAGACAGAAUGUGAUAGGUUGGUACAAAUUUCGUCGCCAUUCAGAUCAGAUCAUGACGUUUAGAGAGAGGCUGCUUCACAAGAACUUACAGGAGUAUUUUCCAAGCCAAGACCUUGUUUUUCUGCUGUUAACACCAAGUAUAAUAACAGAAAGCUGCUCCACUCAUCGACUGGAACAUGCCUUAUAUAAACCUCAAAAAGGACUUUUUAAUAGGGUACCUUUAGUGGUUGCCAAUCUGGGCAUGUCUGAACAGUUGGGCUACAAAACCGUAUCAGCUUCCUGUACGUCCACUGGUUUCAGCCGAGCAGUAAAGACACACAGCUCUGAAUUUUUUGAAGAAGAUGGAUCUUUAAAGGAGGUACAUAAGAUAAAUGUAAUGUAUACUGCAUUACAAGAGGAAUUAAAGAGUAUAUGCAAAAGAGUAGAAGAGAGUGAGCAAGCAGUAGAGAAAUUACUAAAGGAUGUAAACAGAUUAAAACAAGAAAUUAAUGAAAGGAAGCAAGGACAGACUCAAGGAGCACGAGAGAAGAAUGUCCAAGAAGACUCCCAGGAGAACAUUUUUCUUUGUCAAGCUUUGCGGACCUUUUUUCCAGAUUCUGAACUUCUUCAUUCCUGUGUUACCUCUCUGAAAAACAGGCAUAUUUUAAAAAGUAGCUGUAAUUCCAGCCACCAUCUUGAUGAGGUAGACAGUCUGACCUUAAUGGCAGCAUGCACUGACAUUCCUGAAACUAGUUCAGCUGGGACACCCCAGAUGAUGAAGCGUAAAGCUUUAGAUAUAGAUGACAGAUGGCAAUUUAAGAGAUCACGGCUGUUUGAGACACAAAACAAACCAUCUAAAACAGAUACUGAUAGUAGUAACCAAGAAAAAACAUCCCCAACAAGCAGCCCAGAAACAGAUGAUGAGAUGGAGAAGACGAAAAAAGGUUCUGUUGAAUAUCCACCAUCUCCUACAUUUUGAUCCUUUUAACCCAAAAAGAGACUUUUGAUUUGGCUGAAGGGCAAAGCCAAACAAGUCUCUUGUUUUUACCAUAUUCAGCCACUUGGAGUAAAAAAGUUAAUUUGUUUUUACUAGGUUUACCUAUUUGCAGUAGGUUUACAGAUAAGUUCUAGUUCAUUUAUUUUAUAAAGUACUUUAAAAACUAUCAGAUGCUUUUAUUUCAAAACAUUUUUUCCCCUUUUAUAAAUUGUUGGGGAAAAAAGCUUAAAUAGAUGCAUUUUAAACUUGUACAGCAUUCUUUAGAAUUGGAAAAAUGAGAAUAGCCUUAUUUUCACAUUGUGGGAAGUUUAUAUGAAAAUUUAUUUUUAUGGACAUCAUUAAAAUUCCCACUCCUUAUGUGAUGAUUUAAGAAGUACAUUAUGGCUAGGGUUGUUGAAUAAAAUGCUGGACAUUGCUGUAUUUGA